UGACAAGUCGAGCGGCUCGCGCGCAGCGGCUCGCACGCAGCUGCCACCUGAAGCGAAAGUGACGAAGUAUAAACUUCACGAAGAGGACCGAGAGCUCAGGGGCGGUUCACCUUUUUAUUACGACCGUAGUUUGGUGUGAAGGCACGGAACGAGUCAUCUGCGUUUCCUGUAGUUUUUUUAGUGGGUUUCAGCCGACCUUUAAAUGCUCGGGACACUUUAAAGUUUCGACUCGAGGACAGUGGGACACGCGACAGACAUGGAGAAUGGGAAGAGCCGCUUGCAGCAGGCACAGGAGGAGGUGGAGGAGGUGAAGGUGAUCAUGCUGGACAACAUGAACAAAGCCGAUGAGAGAAGUGGCAAACUGGAGGAUUUGGAGGGAAGGGCUGAAGAGCUCCUGGAAAAGGGUAAAGUUUUUGAGAAGACCACUGUGAAGGUGAAGCAACAGAAAAGAUGUGAGAACAAGAAGAUGAAAUAUAUCUCCAUCGGCGUCGGGGUGGUCGCAGGAAUCAUCAUCUUGGCCGUCAUAAUUUAUUUCAGUCUUUGAUGGCCUUUGAAAACCGAAGCUUUGACGCGUGAAAGGGAAGAGGCACUGCAGGACAAGACACAAACCAAGGUCCCGGAGAAGACGAACUGUCCCUGGGGGGGUCCAGCAGUUCAUCUGAGCUGCUCAGACAUCAGUAUUUAUCUGACAUAUUUAUGGGAGGAUGGUUCCUGGUUUGUACUGGUUUAAAUAUUCAGGUGACAUGGUACCAUUUGUUGUUCGUCUGCACCCCCUUUUAAUUCUUUUCACAGCCUCUUCAUAAUUAAAGGAGGCGACCUGUUGGAUGGUGUUUAAAGUUUUCACCAGCCCUCCCUGUUGGAUCUCAAGAAGCUUUAUUUAAACUAAAUGCAGUAGGUCCACUGGCACAACCGCUUCUUGUACAGGAACCAGUUACAAAUGUAAUCAGACAUCAUCCGACUUCUGCUGAGUUCAAGAAUUUAUUCAAAGAAUAAAGACAAAACCUUUGCCACAUCUUUUCUAAGUUUCGAAGCUUCAAAUUGGUAAGAAAAAGAGGUUUUGUCAUUUUUUUUUUGUUUGUAUCGGAUUAUAGCUUGUUUUUAAUGUUUGUCUUGGAGUAACUUAUUUGGAUAUCUGCUUUUCUGGUUUUAGUGUCCUUUUUUUAAAAAACAAAAUUACAUCGUCCUAAAAUACAGCAACUCCUGACAAAACAUGGGAUCAUCGCUCUUGGAGGAUAUUCUUUCAAUUGUUUAUAUUUUGUUUGAAAAACUCAGACAUGCCACAAAAUCAUUUUUCUAAAUUCCAAACUUUAGGUGUUAAGAAACAACUAAAAAAUAAAGAAAAGAUUAUUGUUGUUGGUAACAGUUUUCUUUUUAUAUUAAAUA